GCUAACAGGUGGCGCUUACUUAUACGUACGGAUUUGGCCAAGGUACGUACUCGUCUCGUCGAUCGCCCCACACACACAUAAAAGAAGAAAGAAAGCAUGUCGCACAUCGCGGUGGAGCGCAACCGGCGGCGGCAGAUGAACGACCACCUCAAGGUGCUGCGCUCCCUCACGCCCGCCUUGUACAUCAAGCGGGGCGACCAAGCUUCCAUCAUCGGCGGCGCCAUUGAGUUCAUCAAGGAGCUGCAGCAGGUGCUCGAGUCCCUAGAGGCCAAGAAGAAGCGGCGCAGCCACAGCUUCAGCCCCAGCCCCACGCCCAGCCCGCGCUCCCUCCUCACCGCCGGCAGCGGCAGCGGAUCCGACGUCUCCCCAGCCACCGCCAUCAUCAAGGUCAAGGAGCUCGCCGCCUCCUGCAACUCACCCGUGGCCGACGUGGAAGCCAGGAUCUCCGGCUCCAACGUCCUGCUUCGCACGCUGUCCAGGCGCAUUCCUGGGCAGGCCGUCAGGAUGAUCGCCGUCCUCGAGACCCUCCACCUGGAGAUGCUCCACCUCAACAUCAGCACCAUGGAAGACACCGUCCUCUACUCAUUCGUCCUCAAGAUUGGGCUCGAGUGCCAGCUCAGUGUUGAGGAUCUUGCCUACGAGGUUCAGCAGACCUUCGUCUGCUGCCAUCAGGAGCUGGACCAGGAUAAUCUCAUGUACUCGGCCAUGGCGAUAUAGUUAUCACAACAAGUACUCCGAUAUGAUCCAUCGGGCGGCCGGACCAAUCAUAU